AUGGAUCUACGAGCAGACCCAGGAGCCCUCCUGGGGGGCCCUCCUGGAGCAGCAGCAGCAGCUGACGACGUCGCUACAUUUGAGGCUGCAGCAGCAGCAGCAGCAGCACCACAGCAGCGGCGUUCUUGGCGUUUGCUGAAGGUCGUGCGGAGAGGAUUUGUUUAUUGCUUCAUGCUGCUGCUGCUUGCAGCACAGGUGUUGGGAGCAGUACAUAUGAAAGGCUAUCCAGGCCUAGAGCUGCUGAUUGCUUCGUUAACCCCUGGCCUUGCUCUCCUUUGCCUGCUGCAGUGUCUGGCUGGGCGCAGUCGCUUGCCUUGGGGUGUAGCUGCGGAGCUGGUUGCGUUUGGGGCUGUCUGCAGCGUGCUGCUAGCGGUAGGCUUAGAAAUAUGCAGCGCUUUGCUGUUUGCUGAGCAGCUUAAAGGCUGUGCCCCUCCUCCCAGCAGCAGUAGAGCUCCGUUUGCUGCUGCAGGUACAGCGGGAUUCACUUACCUGCAGCAGCUGCAGCAACAGCAGCAGCAGCAGCAGCAGCUACUGAUGAAACAGCAAAGCGAUCUGCUGCUGCUGCAGCAAAAAAUGCUGCAAAGCAGCACCCCUGUACCACUGCAUGCAAAUGAAAAGGAAUACUUGCAGCAGCAGCAACAGCAGCAGCAGCAGCAGCAGCAGCAGCAUCUGCAGCAAUACUUGGAGUUCUCGGGUUUGCAAGGCACUUCAUUUUCACCAUCUGCAGCAGCAGAAGCAGCAGCAGGAGAAGAAGCAGCAGCAGAAGCAGCAGACCCUGCAGCAUUUUCUUUUAGUGGUUUGUCUCGAUUAUUACUGCGAGGAUUGCUGGGGGCCCAGGCUGUUGAUUGCGGCUAUCGAAGCCGUGGGGUGUACAGGCACCUCCUUUCUCUUCUUACUGGAGGCGACUUGUCUAGCAAAGUUGGCGGUGAAGGAAGGGACUUCAUUUUUAAUCCUUAUAUCUGCACUCUCUUCGUCUUUCUCUAUAUGAUAUUGUGCAUCGGCUUCGCUGAAGAAUUCUCUAAGGCCACCGCUAUGCUCCUUCUACGACCCUCAAGGCUGCCCAAUACCCAACAGUAUAACCUGGGGGCCCCCCUGGGGGCCCCCCUAGGGGCCUCCAUAGGGGGCCCCUUAGGGGCCCCCAUAGGGGCCCCUAUGGCCCCCUUGGGGGCCCCCAUAUUGGCCUCUGUGGGGGGGCCCCUAGAGGCCACUGUGGGGGCCCCCAUGGGGGCCCCUAUGGGGGCCCCUUGGGGGUAUGGUAGGUUGAUUGCUGCUGAAGCUGAGAAGGAAGCGAAUUCUUUUCAUCAUUAUGUUUCUCAUCCACUAUCAAUGGUUGUUGGUGGUUGCUGCGCUGCUUUGGGGUUUGCAACGAUUGAAAAUUUGAGUUAUGUUUUUGCGGCGAAGUCCGAUAUGGAGGUAGCCCUGGCUACUGCAUGGGUUAGGGCGUUUACAGCAAUUCCAUCGCAUGCAGCAAACACCGGCAUUGCUGCUUGUUUGUUAGCAGCAGCAGCAGCAAGUGCAGCAGCAGCAGCUGGGGCUGGAGCUUCUUAUCCAUGGGGUGAUGCAGCAGCAGCAGGAAGCCCCGAAGAAGCAGCAUAUCGUGGUGGCUACGGCAUAUACACCAUUGGAGAGGCGCAUGCAAUGCAGGUCUCUAGCGACAGCAACAACAGCAACAGCAGCAGCAGCAGCAGCACCAGCAGACCCCCCUCUCCCCCCGUUCUAAAGGACUUCAAGCCUUUCUCUUUCCGUCUGCUGCUGCAGAGCGCGUUGCUUCCGGGGCUGCUGCAUGGCUGCUACGAUGCAGCACUAACUCUUGCUUCUGUUGCCUAUACAGCGGGGCAGGUGCAUGCAGACAGCAGCAGCAGCAGCAGCAGCAGCAUGUACAGCAGCCACUUAGAAAGCAACAGUUAUAAUAUUUUCAUUGCUUCAGGCUGGCUUAUGGUGGCGCUUGCGGCGUGGUGGAGUUCUGUGAUUAUCUUCUGCAGCAAAUGGAGCAGCAUGAAGCAGCUGCUGCCUUUCUAUGUUUAUUUUGCGGGUCCUUCUUACUUCGCAGCCUCAGCAGGAGGUGAUGUUGCUGCUGCUGCUGCAGCAGCAGCAGCAGGCAGGGGGGCCCUGCCAGCAAGAGCUCCUGCUGCGGUCUUCCCCACUGGUGCAACAGCGCCCCAGGCCCUUGUAGAACAACUGCAGCAGCAGCAGCAGCUGCAGCAGCAACUGCUGCAGCAGCAAUUCGCCCCUAUUCCGCCGGACACAGCAACGUGGCAGCAGCGGCCUUAUCACCAGCAGAGGCAGCAGCAGCUGCUGCAGCAGCAACAGCAGCUGCUGCUGCAUCAGCAGCAGCAGCUCCUCUACGCACCCAUGUAUCGCCACUACGCACCCAUGCAAACUCCGCUUCUGUCGCCACAGCAGCAGCAGCAGCAGAAGCAGCAGCAGCAGCAGCAGCAGCGCAACUGCAGCAGCUCUUAG